GGGGUGAUGGAGGGAGUGAUAAGUAUGGCACCAGUAUUUUUGCGGAACAAGGCCACCGGUCAUCUUUGUGCAUAGCCCAACCCAAGAAAUCUGAGACAGUCCUCAGUCAACAGUUGUGUUCUGCCGCUCCGAGAGUGACGUUCAAGGACACCAGUCAGACUCGGACGCACGUGACCGCCUCGACAGCUUAGGUGGCUUUCGGAGCCGGAGAGCGCGAGCUGGACAGCGACUACCGUUUUGACCCCGUGACGGAAGGCCAGUGCUCGGCUGCUAACGGCUGAGCUAGAGGUCCGUCUCCACAAGCCCCUCCCUCUGUGGCCACGCCCAGGCUUGGGCCCGCCCCCGGCUCCGGGCUAGCGGCGGGGGAACUGCAAUCCACCGAAGCUCCGCCCCGUGAGUCCUGCCCCACCGGCAGCCCGCCGGGCCCGGUGGCCGCGGGGCCGCCCCGACAGGCUAGCGGGAGUGACUCGUCGACCUUGAACCUAGAGCCCGAGUCGCGAACCCACUGACCCCAGCACCCCAGCAGUGGCGCAGACUUUACCCAGUGCAAGGGGCGGAGCGGACCGAGUGUCCGCAAACAGACUGGGACGAUGUUAGCCUUUGCUGCCAGAACCGUGUCCAGGCAGGCGGCUGCUCUUGCUAGUUUCCGCUCGUCCAAUUGGUAGCACAGUUAGGCUUAGAGAUCCAGCCCAGGCAGACAGACAGGGCUCACAUCCUCAGUCCUGCCAUGGAGGACGAGCAGCAGAGAGAGAAGGUGAAACCCCUGGGCCUCCUCAAGCCCUCCUCCUUGAUGAAGGUUUCUGGCCGCUUCAAGGCCCACCAGGAUGCUCUGCCAAGGCUGCCUGUGCCCCCACUUCAACAGUCCCUGGACCAUUACCUCAAGGCACUGCAGCCCAUCGUGAGUGAGGAAGAAUGGGCUCACACCAAACAACUGGUAGACGAGUUUCAGACCGCAGGGGGUGUAGGGGAACGCCUACAGAAAGGCCUGGAGCGCAGGGCCAAGAAAAUGGAGAACUGGCUGUCUGAGUGGUGGCUCAAGACAGCCUAUCUGCAGUUCCGCCAGCCUGUGGUCAUCUAUUCCAGCCCAGGAGUGAUGCUACCCAAGCAGGACUUCACGGACCUCCAGGGUCAGCUCCGGUUUGCUGCCAAACUCAUCGAGGGUGUGCUGGAUUUCAAGUCCAUGAUUGACAACGAGACGCUGCCAGUUGAGUUCCUGGGAGGACAGCCACUGUGCAUGAACCAGUAUUAUCAGAUCCUAUCUUCUUGCCGUGUGCCCGGGCCCAAGCAGGACUCAGUGGUGAACUUCUUAAAGUCAAAGAAACCACCCACGCAUAUAACUGUGGCGCAUAACUACCAGUUCUUUGAACUGGACGUGUACCACAGCGAUGGGACUCCGCUCACCUCAGAUCAGAUCUUUGUGCAGCUAGAGAAAAUAUGGAACUCCUCACUGCAAUCCAACAAAGAGCCCGUUGGCAUCCUAACUUCCAACCACCGAAACACGUGGGCCAAGGCCUACAACAACCUCAUUAAAGACAAAGUAAACCGCGAGUCGGUGAACUCCAUACAGAAGAGCAUCUUCACUGUCUGCCUGGACAAGCAAGUGCCCAGAGUCUCAGAUGAUGUCUACCGCAGCCAUGUGGCAGGCCAGAUGCUACACGGUGGUGGCAGCAAGUUCAACAGCGGUAACCGCUGGUUCGACAAGACACUGCAGUUCAUUGUGGCAGAAGACGGCUCCUGUGGGAUGGUUUACGAGCAUGCAGCUGCGGAAGGGCCCCCCAUCGUCGCUCUUGUGGACCAUGUCAUGGAGUAUAUAAAAAAGCCUGAGCUUGUGCGCUCUCCCAUGGUGCCCUUGCCCAUGCCCAAGAAGCUGCGGUUCAACAUCACGCCCGAGAUCAAGAACGACAUAGAGAAGGCCAAACAGAACAUCAGCAUCAUGAUCCAGGACCUGGACAUCAUGAUGCUGGUCUUCCAUCACUUUGGAAAGGACUUCCCCAAGUCAGAGAAGCUGAGCCCUGAUGCCUUCAUCCAGAUAGCCCUGCAGCUGGCAUACUACAGGAUCUAUGGGCAGGCGUGUGCCACAUAUGAAAGUGCCUCUCUGCGCAUGUUCCACCUGGGCCGCACUGACACCAUCCGCUCAGCCUCCGUUGACUCGCUGGCCUUUGUCAAAAGCAUGGAUGACUCCAAAGUGCCGAAACACCAGAAGGUGGAGCUGCUGCGGAAGGCGGUGCAGGCCCACCGAGCCUACACUGACCGAGCCAUCCGAGGGGAGGCCUUUGACCGGCACCUGCUGGGUCUGAAGCUUCAGGCCAUCGAGGACCUGGUGAGCAUGCCUGACAUCUUCAUGGACACCUCCUACGCCAUUGCUAUGCACUUCAACCUGUCUACCAGCCAGGUCCCUGCCAAGACAGACUGUGUCAUGUUCUUCGGACCUGUGGUCCCGGAUGGUUAUGGCAUCUGCUACAACCCCAUGGAGGCCCAUAUCAACUUUUCCGUGUCAGCCUAUAACAGCUGUGCUGAGACCAACGCUGCCCGCAUGGCUCACUACUUGGAGAAAGCUCUGCUGGACAUGCGCACCCUGCUCCAGAACCACCCCAGGGCCAAGCUCUAAGCCCAGCCCAGGCCUGCCAGUUCCACAGCCAAACCCACUUUGGAAUGGACGCCUGCCUUGGCUCACUUCCUGGCUCCCGUGCCCUCCAGUUUGAGCCAAAAGAGCAUUCUCUAGCAAGGCCCCAGACCCACGCCAAGUGCCUUCCGGGCCUGGCCUCAGCACCUGCCAUCGUCGGUGCGCAGGCUGAGUCCAGAGGCUGAACAAGACCAUAGCCCAGGUCCCCAGUGUGUCACCCACUUCCGUGAACCAUGGGGAGGGAACCAGUCCAGCUCACCCUUCUCACAGCAGGGGCUGGGGAGAGUCCCUUUCCUCAGCCCUGGCCAAUCUCUUGCAUCUCCACAGCCAGGGCAUUGAAGUCUGUCUUCAUUGGUAAACGCCCGAGGACCAGGAGUCAGAGGAUUAGCUAUGGAUGGGGGGCCUCAGCCUCCAGAUAGCUAAGGAUUAAGUCUUUGUAGCCAAAGGGACAUCUGAGGUCUAGCCUCCACCACCCCACCUCAGGGUGCUACCUCCAGCUGCCACAUUCUGGUGACUCUUGAGCCCCAGACUUUUUGCUUCUAUUCAGGGUGAUUCUUGCUGCAGUCAUGGUGGCAUAAUGUGAUUACGCCAGGUGAUCAAUAAAGGGAAGAAGUGCUGGUGAA